UUCCCCGUUACCACCGAUUCAACCGUCUCGAGCUCCUGCUCCGGUCAGUUACUACAAAAUGGCUGCAGAGGCUCCGCCGCUGCUGAGAACCGACUGAACGCUUCACGCUGUGAAAAGAAGCAAAAAUACGAGAAGAGAACCAUUUGAUGGAAGAUAAGAAAAAGAAAAAACAAGACGAGAAGAAAAAGAAAGAGGCUGCUCAAAAAAAGGCCACAGAGCAGAUUACCAAAGUGCCAGACUCUACCAAGCUCAACCCCAGCCCUCCUCUUCCCCCCGUCAACCCCAGUGCCAUCCCAUCUGUACCCCCAAGCAGUGGAAAUGGCAAGCGCAUCCCCUCCGGAGGUCAGCCGCAGACAGCACAGCAGUCCCAGACUCCGCUCCAGCAGCGCUACCCGCCCAGAGAGGUGCCCCCACGCUUUCGUCAGCAGGAGCACAAGCAGCUGUUAAAGCGGGGCCAGCCUCUUCCCUUGGGGACGCUGCCUCUCAUCACCACGGGACGUCCCACCACUAGUGAACCUGCAGCAGCAACAGUAGCCAUACACGCCUCUCUUUCCUGCUCCUCUUCCACUGCAUCCAGCUUGCCCACAGAACUGCCCCCACAGAGUGGCCAGGGAGCCCAGUAUGAUAAUCCCCUCUGGGGGCACCUGCCAGCCAACAGAAGUGCUACGAGUGCUGCAUCUUCAACCAAUCUCAGUGGCUGGGAUCAACUAAUUAUCGACCAGAAGGACACAGAGGCUUGGCCUUCUAUUACACUCAGCCAGAGCCAGGUCCCUCCAGGAGGAUGCCCUUUGGACACUGACUCUGGUCACCUGACCAGCAGCAGCAGAAGCAGUAGUACUAGCAGUAGUUGUAGUACAGUGAGUAUGGCCACGGGAGCAAAUAGCCAAACAGGCCACUUCCCUGCCAACCACCUCAGCAGCAAAGCCAACAGUGGGCCCAGCCCUGCCAAUCAUACUGGAACCAGCAUGCUCUCUGGCCAGGUUGCAGCCAGUCGCAGCUGGGGCCCUGGGGCUGUAUCUUCCCAUUGCCCCCCUCAGUCCUCAAUGGGGAGUGAAACGAAGAGUGACAGCCCAGGAGGAGGAGGAGGCAGUACUAGGAGCUGGGGUCCUUCAUCAUCCUCCAGCACCAACUUUAACUUGAACCUAAACCCUAAUGCCAACCCGUCUGCCUGGCCCAUGUUGGGGCAUGACGGAAGUGGCACAGGGGGAGGCAGCUCAGGGGGAGCCAACACCAUUUCACCUCCUCACUCUACACCCAACCUCUGCAAUCCACCUGGCCCCCCACCAGCCCAGACCAGCACCUGUACCGGAGCCAACACUAACAGCAACUCCUCGGGGAUUGGCAAUGCCUGGAUUACCAUGAUGGCUUCUGAUGCAGAGCCACACCCCUCCCCGUCCACGAAUGUGUCUUUCAGUUCAGAACCUCAGAACCUUAAAACUGAUGGACCAAAUCACACUAAUAAGCAGGAACCCCCCAGCCCCAUCCGCAGUUUGCCUGGCUGGGGAAGUGCACCUGUAGGCUUGGGUUCCAUGACCCAGCCACCGCCAGGAGGCUCACAGGUCAAUGGUGAAGAUGGUAAUUCAGUAUGGGGUAACAGUGGCAACUCAAAGGCAAGUUCAUCUAAGGAGGCACCUGGCUGGGGCCAUGAAGGAGAUGGAACAGGGAACUCUGGAGGCUGGGGUGAACACCCUGAAGAGACCCAGGGAGGAUGGGAUACACCCAACUCUCCCGCACAGGACUCUCAGUCCAUCUCAUGGAGCAGGGCUGUAAGCACAGCUGCGGCUAGUGAAGGAAGCAGUGACAGCAUGGAAGGCCAUCCCCAGCAAAAAGACCGGUCAUCCAGAGAAAAAUCAGCUCCUUUGAUGCCUGCCCAGGAUCUGGACCCCAGGGUGCUGUGCAACAGUGGCUGGGGACAGACUCCCGUUCGCCAGCACACUUCCUGGGACAUGGACGAUACCAAACAUAAGAGUGAUGUAGGCACUGGAUCAUGGGGCUCUGGCUCAACCACUCCAGUCGAUGCCCAGGGGCCCUCCAACACUAACACAGGCCCUAGCCAGAUGACUGACUCUGGGAGCAAAAAUGAUGCGCCUGGUUCUCAGGGCACUUCUGGUUGGGGUGGUAACAUAGCAGCUACCAACCAGCCAAGCUCUGGUUGGGGAGAGCCACCCAGCAACAUCAAGCCCCCAGGUGGCCCUGGUGGUUGGGGAAACCCUCCACCAGGAGGUCCAAGCACCAGUAUACCCAAAAAUGGUGGUCAGUCCUGGGGAGAGAAGCCAAGUGGGUGGGAAGAUUCUCACAUCAAGUCAGGAUCCCAGAACUGGGGAGAACAGCCCAAAGCGUCUCACACUUGGGCUAGCAGUGGAGUGAGCAAUAACACAGCAGAGUGGGGGGACUCAGAAGAGAGUAAAAAGAGUCCCACUAAUGCUUGGGAAGGAGAACCACGAGGCUGGGGAAUGUCUUCUCAAGGACCUGGAGGUAAUGGUGGCUGGGGAGAGUCACUUCCUCAGCGACCCAGUGGUCCUUCUCAAGGCUGGGGGGGCAAGCCUCAAGAUGGGCUUAGUGGUAACAAUGGAGGAGGGAGCAUGGGGUCCUGGGGGGGAUCGGGCUCAGUGAAACAAGGUCCAGGUAGGGGUGGAAAUAAGCAGGAAUCCUCAACAACUGAGCCUACAGGCUGGGAAGAGCCCUCCCCUCCUUCCAUCCGACGCAAGAUGGAGAUCGAUGACGGGACCUCUGCUUGGGGCGAUCCCGGUACCUACAACAAGGCAGUCAAUCUGUGGGACAGGAACAAUUCAGGAUCGUCCCAAGCUAAAGUUACUACUGGAGGCAAUAAUCCCCCCAGCACCAACAACAACCAUCCCCACCCUCUCAAUCACCCUUACCACGGGCCACCUGCACCUUUACAGAACCACAGCCAAAACAGCCAGAACUCAGGCCCCACCAGCGGGCCUUUGGAUCCUACUGUGCAACACCAGCCUGGAGCAUCUCACAACAGAGGUCCCCUGAUGGCUCAAGGUUGGGGAGAGAUAUCCAGCUCCCACACAAAAUCGGAGAGCUCCUGGGGGGAACCUGCAUCUUCCCCAGUCAGUGUGGAUAAUGGGACGUCUGCCUGGGGCAAACCCAGCGGGAACUGUGGGGGCUGGGGGGAAAACAAUCCGGAGAGCUAUGGCAGGGGCAACCCGACAAUGACACCUGCAUCUUGUAAACCUGCUCCCAAACCUAUGCAAGAUGGAUGGGGAGGUGGAAGUGAAGACCUGAGCCUGUCAGGUGGUCAGUGGGAUGCAGAGGAGGUAGACAUGUGGAAUAGCACUGCCUCCCAGGAGAGCAACUCUUCCUGUAACUCUUGGAGCAAUGCAAAUAAAAAGGCCCCACCAAAGGGGAAGAUCCCAGGGAAGCAGGAUGAGGUCUGGAUCAUGAAUCGUCUCAUCAAGCAGCUGACUGACAUGGGCUUCCCUAGGGAUCCAGCAGAGGAGGCUUUGAAGAGCAACAACAUGAACCUGGAUCAGGCCAUGAGUGCCCUGCUGGAAAAGAAGACGGAGCUUGACAAGCGUGGGAUGGGGAUAGCUGGCCACGACUACAACAACGGGCUCAUCAACAAGCCCAUGAGCUGCCCUCGGCCUCCGCUUCUUUCCAAAGACCCCUCAGCAGAUCCCCGCCUGCCCUUCAUGGAUAAGGUGCAGAGUGGAAUGUUUGGCGGUGGUGGAGCAGCACAAGUCCGGGCCAUGCCGCAGCCGCAGCAGCCUCCUCAGCCACCAGUGCCGCCUCUCAGCUCCUCUCAGCCUAGUCUACGUGCUCAAGUGCCUCAGUUUCUCUCCCCUCAGGUUCAAGCACAGCUCUUACAGUUUGCAGCAAAAAACAUUGGUCUGAAUCCUGCACUUUUAACCUCACCAAUAAACCCUCAACAUAUGACCCUUCUAAAUCAACUUUACCAGCUGCAACUGGCGUACCAGCGUUUACAAAUUCAGCAGCAGAUGUUGCAGGCGCAGCGCAAUGUUUCUGGCCCCAUUCGGCAACAAGAGCAGCAAGUUGCACGUACAAUCAAUAACAUGCAGCAGCAGAUCCAACAGCACCAGCGUCAGCUGGCCCAGGCCCUGCUGAUGAAGCAGCAGCAACAGCAACCGCCCCCUUCCCACUCAGGCCUGCACCCUGGUGGAGCCAAAUCCUCCCUGGAUUCAUUUCCAGGUCAUCCCCAGGCUCCAGGCCUCCCUGACCUGCAGACCAAAGAGCCGCAGUCAUCUCCUAACACCUACAGCCCCUACUCUCUCUCUGGACUGAAUGUAAACUGCAUGGAGGUGGGAAGUCUGUCAAUGAAGGAACCCCCCCAACCCCAAUCGCGCCUGUCACAGUGGACACACCCAAACUCCAUCGAAAGCCUCUCUGGAAACUCUUCUCCAUUGGAGCCCAACCUGGGCAAGCAUGGUGCCAACCUGGGCCCUCCUGGAAAGCCCACUCAGCUGGAUGAAUCUUACAGCCCCUACAGCCUGAUAUCCAGCUCAGAGUCUCCUUCCAGCCCUCUGGUGCCUCCAGACAGCUGGGGACAAAGCAAAGGCAGCAGUGACAAAAUGGCCAAUGGGACCAAUAUCAACUGGCCACCAGAGUUUUGUCCUGGUGUACCGUGGAAGGGCCUCCAGAAUAUCGACCCUGAAACUGACCCCAACGUGACCCCCGGCAGCGUCCCCAGCGGACCCACCAUCAACACAAAUAUCCAAGAUGUCAACCGCUACCUGCUCCGGGACAGGAGCGGAGGCUCCUCUCCCACCUCAUCUCAGAACGAGGCUCUGCCUCCCUCCACUGAUUGGCCAGUCAGUGGCUACACUAGCUCGUUCAGUCUUUCGUCCCCGGAGAUGGAGGAUGCAGGUAAACUGUCAGAGAUGAAAUCCACUUGGUCUCCAGGCCCCAUUUCUCACAGCCAGGCCUCUCUGUCCCAUGAGCUGUGGAAGGUCCCACAGGGCCCUCGGAGCAGCACCACAGCACCUUCCCGCCCCCCGCCUGGCCUCACCAACACAAAGCCUUCCUCCACCUGGGGGGGCAGCUCUCUGGGUCUGGGACAAGGCUGGAGCACCUCUUACACCACAGCAGGUACCACAUGGAGUACAGACAGCUCCACCAGAACAAGUAGCUGGCUCGUGCUGAGGAACCUCACUCCGCAGAUUGAUGGUUCGACUCUGCGAACACUGUGCAUGCAACACGGCCCCCUCAUCACAUUCCACCUCAACCUGACACAGGGAAACGCUGUAGUGCGCUACAGCUCCAAGGACGAAGCUGCCAAGGCGCAAAAGUCCCUGCACAUGUGCGUGCUCGGGAACACCACCAUCCUGGCCGAGUUUGCCGGGGAAGAGGAAGUGAACCGCUUCUUUGCACAGGGCCAGUCACUCGGAGGAACAACCAGCUGGCAGGCCACUCCAGGCACCAAUCAGACAAGGAUGGGCGGGACCGGGUCUGGAGCGUCUCACCCCAUCGGGCACUCGCCCCACUGGAACAACAACAACAACGGCGCCGGCAGCAACAGUAGCAGCGGCGGCCUGGGAGCAGGCGGAACAAAAACAGGCGGAGAGCUGCUGUGGGGUGGUGUUCAGCAGUAUUCCAGCCUGUGGGGACCCCCGAGUGGAGAGGAGGGACGGGUCAUGGGGAGCCCCACCCCAAUCAAUACACUGCUGCCUGGGGACCUGCUGAGCGGGGAGUCCAUGUAGGAUAGAAGAGUCUAGGCUUACAAAAACAAACAGGAGCAAAAACCUUGCAAAUCAAUGUGGAGAUAAUCAGCGUGGAUGUAAAGGUGGAAAGGAGAGACGGAGGAGGACGAGGAAACACCUUGCUGCUCGCCCUCGUCAGCCUCGUCUCCUCCUGAGUUUUUACUGACAUUUUUAGUUGCAGUUCUGUUGUGAAUCCCAAUAACGGAUAUUUUGAUCACAGUGUUCAGCUUUUACUUCACAGGAACGAGAACUUUAUUUUAUUUUAUUUUUUCAGAAACUUUUGAGAACUUUGCCGCGCGAGACGUACUUUUAGUCAAACUGACACAGUGACGAGCUGCCAUCUUUAAACUAAUCCCUCACUGCCUUUUUGAGGCAAUCAUACUGCACCUCAGAGAUCCAUGGAAAAAAAGGCGUCAUUCCCAAAGUUAAAAAAAAAAACCUUCAAUCAGAGUGGUUGUUGAACUUUCAGCUGGUCCAGACUCGACAUUUGUUUCUCUCAGCACUAAUAAUUAGCCUUAAACUAUUUCCUGCCCUGCUAUCCUCACUCACUCUGUACUUGGUGAAGAAGCAUACGGACACCUGCACACCCUUAUUUCUGAGCCAGUGAAACCUGAGUGGAGAGUACAUGCUGCUGCGGCUUAACAACCGCUUAAGCAACCACAGCUCGCGACUUCAGUCCAUUGUUGUUGUUUUGUUUUUUUUUGUUUAAAAGCAGAUUGAGUUCCCCUCACAGCGCUCAAAGGGAAUGAUGCAACUCUGUUCGCCUUGUUCAAGCCAUUUAUUUUUGUAGUUUUAUUUUUAAUUUCUCUUCUUGAACCAUUGCAAACAAAGCUAAGAAAUGAUAUUAUUCAAAAUGUGUCUGUCAAUCUUAUGUGUGGUGGUGUCGAGGGACGGGGUGGGUGGGGUCGUCGCAUGUACAGUUAAGAUGGGCGACAACAAUGAACCACUGCUAUUACUAUGGAACUGUAAAGACGAAACACUUCGAUGCACCUCAACUCACUUGCGGGGAGACACCUCGCAGUUUGGUCUCAGUCUCUCAGACCCACUCACUGAUGCUGUGGAGGAGGAGAAAAAAAGACUUAAGUCGUUCCCUCCCUCUGCCUCGCCCCCUCUACCGUGCGCGCCCACUCCGCCUGCAAAGCAACCAUUUCAAGCGACGUGCAAUAUUAUAGCCACAGACUCUCACCGUCCAAGCACCCCUACUCGCGGGAUUAAUAGAGGAGACUGUAACGAAUAAACUGCAAACACUUUAUCUGUCGGCCCGCCAACUUCACCACCCACCCAUCCACCCGCCUGUACCGGCCCUCAUCUCUCCUCAUUGCAAAACAAAAAACAAACAAAUAAAAAAAACCCUGCCACUACAGCUUCCCUUUGUCUCCCCCUGCAGGGUGUCAGGAGAGUAGCACGCUGGCCUUCUGUCUAAAACACAAGGACGCACACACCACCCGACUCUCCACGCUUAUGCUUGUGACCUGAUUUUUGGGGAGAAGGACGGGCAGGUGUGCGUGCGUGUGUCUGUGUGUGUGUGUCUGUGUGUGUGUGUGUGCGUGCGUGCGUGCAUGAUGGGGCGAUGGCGUCAAACCAAAACAAGAAGACCAGAUGACUCCCCUUCCCUCCAUUUUACCCACAUUUGCAUUUCAAGAAAUGUCUGAAUCAACGAUUUGUGUGAGUUGGUGGUCUUAUCACAGCACAUAGCAAGAGCACGGCUACUCCUCAUACCCUCAAUGCCAACAAACAGAAGAAAGGAGAAGCAACACUGGCAAAUAAAAAUUGAAAAGACAAAAAAAAGCAAUCUGCUUAGUGGCUUCUCUGUAUACUUAUUUUUGAACUUGACGUGGAUGUGAAUUAAUUUUUUUCCCCAAUUUUUUUUCCUCCUUUUAUUUUUUUUGGAGUCCUUCUUCCCUCGAGUCAGCGGGACCAGAAAGGAUGUCAAACAGUAGCAAAGUGAAGGGAAACACAAAGAAGAACUAAGUCAAGCGAUGAUGGGUGGUGGCAGGAAAAGACCUCAGAGCACUCCACCCCCCUGCUAUCAAAGUAGAUAUCACUGUUACAUUGCAACUUUUGAAAUCUUUAUCCUUGGUGUCUGGAAACACUCUACGUGUUCAUGUUCUACUGGGUUCAGCAGGGAGGAUCGCCACCCCACCCCUACCCCCCGCUUUUGGGUUGUUUUUGUUGUUGGAGGUCCUGCCAACCUGUGUGAUAGUGUGGCCACUGAGUGCCUGCCUGCUGCAGAGUGCAGUGCUGCAGCAGCCCUCGCCCCCUCCCUCCAUCUCCCACGCUCGCUCGCUGCCUCCCUGCGGACCCUUACAGACUAGCUUCCCUCCUCUUCCUUCUCCUUUUCCUCCCAAGAGCAGCUCCUUCAGAAGUGGCCCGCCACCUUGUAUUGAAUCUACUACUCACUACUACUACUGCUACACCAGAGUCUGUCAGCAACCUCCACUUCCACUCUCUCCUCCCGUCUCUCUCCUGCAAGGAUCACUUUAUCCGGAGACGGACUCGACUGAUGUUUUGUUUUAAUGUAUCUUCCCCUUCUUUUUUUUGCUGGUGUGCAUUUUAAUUUUGUUUUGUUGUGAGAAGUUUGCUGAUAUUGUUGCUGUUAUCAUGAACGAUUGUUAUAUUUGAUGAUUUCAUGGUUUUUAUGCAGUGUUCAUCUUCUUUCCUGUCCCUCCCACCGCCGCUGCCUCCAAGGCAGAACCAGCGAGUAGUUUAGAGGUACGCCUCAGCCGGGUGAAUCACUGAGGGAGGGAGGGAGGGAGGGGGUUCAGAAUUGAAGAGUCAAAUCAGGAUGAAAAGGAGGGGGGAGGGGGUGUAGUUUAAGGUUCUCCAGGAUGACAAGCCAACUUCUUCUGUCCAUCCUGGGGUGACCGAGCGUCCACUGCGCUGUGUUGUAACACACCCAUCGUUUUUAGUGUUGAUGGGCCUCGCUCACGCUGGUGCUUUAACUCUGGGAGCACCCAGUUAUCACUUAGAACCACCUCAACUUGAUGACAGCCUUCCAUUUCUAUGCAAAGACAAGGAGGUGUUCGCUCACAGCCAUCCCCUACAUCCGCCAAUUUUCCACUUAACCCUUUCAACCUUUAUUACCGGGCAGCUUCUCUUGAAACCUCACCUGGAUUCAAAUGUAGGGGACACUGAUGGAGCCUCUCUUCAGAAUAGAAAAAAAUAAAGGAUGGGGGCGGGGCGUGUAGUGGACAAAGCUGUUAGAUGACACUAAAUGACCUGCUGGAGGCACCAAGUUGAGUUUUUGUGCCAACAGAUUUCUAAAAGUCUAUUUCCACUUUUGGCCACAUCCUGAUUUAUCCUUUGCAACAAUGAGUGUAUGUUAUCGCUGUGGGAGCUGUGGGAGGCUUAAGGCCAGAUGAGUGGGGCUGGUCACUCACCAGUAGGAGGAGGAAGAGGAGGAGGGAGCGUCCCUGUAUGUGUCUGUGCACUGUUUAUGGGUCACAUCGGGUACAUCUCUUUAAAAACCAAAAACAUUAUCUUUCUCUUUUUUCCUUUAUCAUCAAGGUUUUUGCAAAAACUAGAAACUACAAAAAAAACCACAGUCUGUUUCAGCUGUGCACUCUGAGGCCGAGACGCCUGAUUUCUGUUUCUCUGCAAGCUGCCGCCUUCUCACCCUCUCUGGGCUCGUUUCUCCGAGCCACGCCUGGGAGAAGCUGUAUCCUGGAGGUUCACUCUGGACCUCCAAACCUGAAGGUUGUGCCAGCCAGUAUACGCGCAUAUAUAUGAAUAUAUAUAGAAAACAGGUCAUGUCUGCACAUUUGACUUUGGGGGUCCAAGCGGGGAUCUGACGUAUCAGCAGAAACAAGAGACGCACCUCAAGUUCGGUACCAAGUCUUAAAACUCUUUGCGGGGUGGUUUUUGACCCUCUUCCAGAGUCACUUUAGACUCGCAUCAUUCAACGAAACAAUCACUAUUGCCUGUGCUGUCUGUUUUUGUGCGAUUGUUCCUGAAAAACCUGCAUUUUGCUCCACACUGGACUUGAAUCAACGGGAGGAGGGGGAAGUUGAACCAAGUGGGAGGGAUGGGUGACCAGGACCGAGUCUCAGACGUGCCCUGGGAUUUCACCAGCACUGAGAAGCCCCACCCUCUCCCACGCCUUCGUCUGCACUCUUAUCUACCUGUCUAGGGUUGGAAAUCACAUCCUCCCCUCCCCCCUCUGAUUUUUUUACGAUUUAUUAUUGUUAUUUUAAGUCACACGGACUCAAAGGCAACUGGAGCUCGAGUAAAAUCUACUUCUCAGUCGUGGAUCAGUCGAGGGUCUGGGGGCAAAAAGAGCUGGAUUAGCAAAUCUCUAAAAACAAAGGUCUGGGUUGAAUAUGCACAUGCUAGCUCAUACACAGGAUACAACCAAACGUACAUUUGUGGGUGUAUGUGUGUCUAUGGCUAGAUUUCUGUUUUCCACUUAAGCCUAACGCCCCACCCACCCACACCCUUACCUCCCCGCCCUCUGCCCUGGCAUCAGUUCCUUACCCUCUGUAUCCAACAUCAAUGUUUCCCAGAAGACAAGAUCAUAAACAUAUCAGAGUAAUACAAAAUAAUGAAAACAAAUACUUGAAUCAAAAGAAGCGCCAAUAAUGUAAUGUGAACACUUUUUUUUGUAGUGUUUUUCUUUUUUUUGUCUCAUUC